AUGCUGCCACAGCGCGUGGUUCCACAGGCACACCCGACUCUCUAUCGCACCGUACCUUACCACCACACCUACCGACCUUUGUCUCUUUCAUCUCGUCUGCUGCGACUCCAACUUUGUGAACACGAUCCCAGGAUCUUUUUUUUGCCCCUUCCCACCUGGUUCCCCCCGUUGUAUCGCACGCAGCAUUACUGCUGGGAGCCUUGCCCGAGGAAGCUUUACCGAGUGAUCGCCUGGGGGAAGAAGAACAACAUCUCUUGUAUCCUCUGGGCUGCUUGGCAAUCGAAUACACCCUUCGGCCUCGCGCUGCGCGGUGCUGCAGUUGCUGCUGCCGGUGGAAGUUGUCUCUCAUCUUCAUUGCGAAGCAUCACGGGCCGUGUUUCGUUGACAUUGCCAACGCAAGCCUACAUUAACUUUGACGACGACUUUGACGACGACUUUGACGACGACUUUGACGACGACUCCUGCUUCGAGUCGCUGUGA